AUGGCUAAGAACACUUGGGGUUGCCCAGUGGAAUCAAUAGUGGUGAUUGUUCCCGAGGAUGUACCGACAGCAUUAGUGGGCAUUUAUGGAUUUGCACCGAAAAUUGUUAAAGGCAACGACGGGCGCGUCGGGUUCGGGUUCCGGCUGGGCAACCACGCCGACUUCCAAGUGCUGUACGAGUUCGGCCCACAGACCAGCACCAGGCCGCUCGAGCCGAUCAGGGUCCGUUCAACGUGGUCGCGACAGCGCGCGCGGCGCCGCCCGUUCAUUGACUUCCUGCUACGGACGGGCCUGCUCAAGGAGGUCACUUACAAGUUCAGUGUUCUGAGGAAUGAUGAUGAUGAUGAUGUGGCGUUGGAUGAGCCGAGAUAAA